AGAGCCCUCUACAGAGACGUCAUGCAGGAGAACUAUGAGACUGUGACCUCGCUGGAGUUUCCAGUUUUCCCACCUGAUGAGGUCUCUCAGCCUCAACAAGACAGAGACCCGUGGGUCCCAGAUCUCCAUGAUUCAGAGGAAAGCGAGAUCCUGAGCGGUACCUGCCCAAGGGAGGAAUCAUUCAGCCAAUUCGAAAUCUGUCCAUGGCUGAAGGAAACAGCUGAAAUGCCCGACAGAGACAUUGGGAGUUCUCCGAGUUCAGGAUUGUCCCCAGCAGGGUUUCCGUUUUCCAAACCUGAUGUGAUCUCCCAGCUGGAACAAGGGGAAGAGCCAUGGGUCUCAGACCUGCAGGGUUCAGAAGGAAAACAGACCCCGAGAUCUCCCUGCAGAGCAGGUGAUGCAAUGGCAUGUGAGAAAGAGGAGCAAAAUUCUCAGCAGAAAAAU